ACUUACACACAUGUUAUGAAGAGUGCGGGAACAACAUGCAUCAUAUUUGAUGUUAUAUUCUUGGAAUCAAAGUAAGGUUAAGGAUGACCAUGUUGAUACCAUGUCACCAGAUAUAAGAUAAGCUGAAAACCAACCAACACCAGGAUCACCUGUCCAUGUCUAUUCUGUUCCUCUGGUAAAAAAGGUUGAAGUGCUAAGGGAGCGGUCAAGAAAUAAACCAGACAUUGUGAGAGAGAUGGAAGAUAGAAAAAUGAAAGAAGUUAAUGAUAUGUCACCAGCUGUUAGAGACAUUUACAACCAACUGCUGUCCCCAGAAUCACACCCAAAUGUCAGUUCACCACCUUUGUCCAAGAAAUUGAAAAUUCUUCAUGAGAAAACCAAGAGUGAACCAGACGGAGUACAAAGACAUGGUGUACAUGUAAACUCACAGAACCAGAAUCCAAAAGAUGCUUUGUCUACACUUAAAGGACUUAUUGGACCAAGAAAGAAGACAGCGUUCAGAGCUUGCCAGUAGGUUGGAAGAAAUCAAGAAAGUGCCCGUUUUCGGAGUAGAGAGAUUCAAAUACUCGCCAUGUGACAUACAGUUUUACACUGGUUUGCCAGAUUACCUUACAUUUUUGGCACUUUGUGAUUUCCUACUCCCAGAAAAGCACAAGAUUAACUCAUUUUAUUACCAGCAAAAAGAGACAGACAGUACAUAUGUUAACAGGAACAGGGGAAGAGACCCAAAUUUAAGUGUCCAGGAGCAACUAUUUUUGGUUUUGUGUUGCCUUCGUCAGGGAUACAGAGAACAAGACCUAGCCCAUAGAUUCAACAUUUCACAAUCAUGUGUCAGUGUGAUUUUUAGUAAAUUGAUAAAACACAUGGGGCAUGUUCUCACAACAUUGAAUAUAUGGGCUCCAAAAGAAACCAUCAACAAAAACAUGCCUCAAACUUUCAAAGACUUGAACUAUGGAAAUACUAGAUGUAUCAUGGAUUGCACAGAAAUAUUCCUGCAGCAACCCUCAUCAAAUUUGGUUUUGCAAACUGUUUUGUUCAGUUCAUAUAAAAACCACCACACGGCAAAAGCACUAGUAGCUAUAGCUCCCCACGGACCAGUGACAUUUGUGUCGGAUUUGUAUGCUGGAUCUGCAAGUGACUUUGAUAUUACCAAAGAUUGUGGAUUAUUGAAUUUGCUGGAACCUGGAGAUCAUGUGAUGGCAGAUAAGGGGUUUGAAAUCCAACCGUUGCUGGAUAAUCUCAGAGUCAGAGUUGACCAUCCACCUGUGUUAAGAGGUGUUCAGCAGAUGUCCGUUGAACAGGAAACCACAACAAGGCGCAUAGCUCGACUGAGAAUCCACGUGGAAAGGGCAAUAGAGCGCAUAAAAAAUUAUCAGAUUCUUCAGGAAAGCUUCCAAUAUAAACAAUGGCGUUUAUUGAAUGACAUAUGGAAAAUUUGUACAAUUCUGACUUACUUUCAAUCAAAGUUGGUUGAAGAGUAUUAAUCAAUACUUAGUUCUAAGUCGUGUUGAUUUCUUGUUGUUUGAUAUUGUCUGACAGAAGAAACUAAAAUUUCAAUCCAUCUAAAGCUAUGUACAGUUAAUACAUCAAUGAUCCAUUACUUGGAAAAUUAGGCAACAAAUGAGUUAUGACUAAACAAUGACUUCUCGUGUAUGUUUUAAAAUUUUUUACACAUCUUCAUCCUCCACCUGUCAAUCAAUACAUAUAAAUAUAGUUUAACAAAUAUCUACAAGUACUUCCUUCAUCUUUUGUUGUGGAACUAGCAACUUCAUAAAAUUCUGCAUGUAUACCAAUAUUUGUAAUUUUUCAUCAUUAAUGUGCUGUCCAAAUGUUUAAAUUUUCAGGUAUACAUGUAGCUCUGCUAACUUACAUGUAGACACAUGUACACCAUACAUGUAUGUCCAUUGUCACCAGUAAUUCACAUAUAUCUAGAUCUAGACAUUUUUUUUCAAAUUAAAGUAUGUGUAUAAAUAUAUAUAUGCAUGCACAUUUAAUGAUGUUCAUGUAUAGAGUCAGAGUUUCACAGCUACUUUCCUGUAGACCAAUUCAGAAUUGUCAAAUGUAUUUGCUUCAUUAGAAAUAACAAAACCGUUGUAAUGAAAUUCUGAAGAGUUUUAUUUCUAUGAAAAUAUUAAGUCAGUUUCAGGGUAUAUAAUAUAUUUUCCGAAUUUAUAUUCCUUUAUUUGAAUGUACAAGAAUGUAUUAUGGUGUAAUGAAACAUUAUGUGCUCCAGCUGGGAUUUACACCUACAAUGUAAAAGCAGUUAAAUUGCAUCACCAGGUGCUAAGUAUGUUGUUACUUACUACCCGAGUACCCCUAAAUUUAGAAAGAUAUUUAUAAUAAAUUGACUAGAAAAAAAUGGUGUAAAUUAUGUAGCUUCAAAUAUACACAAAGAAAUGGAAUGAUUAAUUUUUAUUGACAUAUA